AUACAUUUGAAAUUGGGGAUUGGAUUUAGGAUGGAUACAAGAAAAUUUUGUGUUUGAUAUUGACAGAAAGAGAAAGGGGCAGGGGUGGGUCGGGCUGAAAAAAGGUUGAACAAGGGAAAGAAAGACAGGCAAGCGCAAGAGAGGUGAUUGAGAGUUGAGAGACGAUGGGGGAAAAUCAAAGGAAAAUGAUGGUGGCGGCGGGGGCAAUAAUAGUAGCGGCAGGAAGUGUCUGGGCGAUGAGGAGCUUAAGAAAUAGCGAUACUACUAGUACUGACUACAUGAUGAAGUUGAUGAGUGAAAUGCGAGAUUGGUUGGGCUUUUGGGCCAUCCCUGCUUAUGUAGCUCUCCAUACUCUCACACUCGCGCUCUGUCUUCCCUAUGCUGUAUUCUUCGAGGCCGGUGCGUCUAUUCUCUUCGGUUUCUUUCCUGCUCUCAUCUGCGUCUUUUCCGCCAAGAUUCUCGCUGCUUCCUUCUCAUUCUUUCUUGGCAGGCUGGUUUUCAGGAGUUCUAGCUCAGCUAUAAAAUGGGUCCAAAGUAAUCAGUACUUUCACAUGCUUUCUAAAGGAGUUGAAAGAGAUGGCUGGAAAUUUGUUCUUCUUGCUCGUUUCUCACCCAUACCGUCCUAUAUUAUUAAUUAUGCCUUGUCUGCUACUGAAAUUGGAUUUUUUGUGGAUUUUCUGCUUCCCACAGUAGUUGGCUGCUUGCCUAUGAUAUUGCAGAACACAUCCAUAGGCAGUCUAGCUAGUGCUGCUGUAGCUUCAGCUUCCGGAACUCAGAAACCAAAAGUUUGGUCAUACUUAUUUCCUCUUCUCGGAAUAUCCUCAAGUAUCCUUAUCUCCUUGAGAAUUAAAAGGUACAGCACCAACAUCACUGUAGAGGCUGAAUCCUCAUCUCAUGAUGCCUUUGUUUCAAAAUUGCAAUAAUCAUGCAAGUUUAACCCAAAUGUUAUCCUUGCAUCUUAAUUUUAUAAUAAUUUAAUAUUUGUGGGGAUCUUCCAAUUUGGUUUUAAACCACUUUUGUUGAGAAUACCUAUGGAGUGAAAAGUGUACACCAAAAUACUUUAAGAAGAUAUGGCAGGGACAGAGCAUCUUCAAUUGGGUUGUCUAUGAUGGUUAGCUACACUGGACUUAUAAGACAUUAUAUAAACUUUGUUGCUAAAUUGGACAUGUAAGAUAUUAUGUAAAAUAUGCUAAACCUGCAACACGUUUUGUUUCGAUGAUAAUGAUUAUAUUGUCUGAAUAUAUUUUAAAUAUAACAUGUUAUUAUUA